UAAAUAUAGCAGUGCUUUGUGCAGUAAGGCUGACCUCUGCAUUACCUUUCGAAUGACAUCUUGUGCAAUUAGAAACCUACAGGUCUGAUAUGUGUAGGUGAAGGUGUCUACUUGAUUGCUGACUUGAGCGUUUAUUGAGCUUCAUGCUUCCGCUGUGUAAGAUUACAGACUCCCUGCUGAUCAGCAACGCUAGGUCGGCCUGCAAUGACGAACUCAUCCAGAAGGAGGCAGUGACGCUGUGCAUUAAUGUGUCUAAGCAGCAGGCGUUCCCAUCCACCCAAGUCUGCACUUUCCGUGUGCCGGUUUACGAUGACCCGAACGAGGAUUUGUACAAAUACUUUGACCGCUGUGCUGAUGCCAUACACAGCGAAGCCAACCGGGGCGGCCGCACCGUAGUCUACUGCAAGAAUGGCCGCAGCCGUUCAGCAACAAUAUGUGUGGCUUACCUUAUGAAACACCAGGGUCUCACAUUAACAAAUGCCUUCGAGGUAGUGAAACGUGCCCGGCCAGUAGUAGAGCCAAACCAAGGAUUUUGGGCUCAGCUGGAGCAAUAUGAGCAGGAGAUGAUCAGGAGGUCCAACCACUACCCCACCUAGACCCAGGGCAACAUUCUCAAAUCAGGCUUGGACGCCCGUUGAAGUAUGCUGAAGCUGAAGUGCCUCGUAUAGAUUCUGCUUAAGAUGGAUGCUACAGCUGUGGAGUAGUGACUUUUUAUGGUAGGUUGUACUGCUCACUAGUGUGACCAUGGGCAACAUGGGUGGGUGGGGUGGCAUUUGCCUCCCCUAAAUGUUUGUCAACUCACUUUAAUUACUGGAAUAUCUACAUUUGUCAAAACUAUACUUUAAACAGAGACUGAUCUCCAUGACACUAGGGGGCCACCGAGUAUUGAUAACGAUCAAUAGACUGGCUGCACUUGUAAUGUUUCUCUCAUUGACUGUUUAUCUCUCAAGAUAUUAGUUGUAAAGGUGCAUUGGUCAAUGGCCAGAAAUGACUAAACGACCCAAUACGCUAAACGACAACUGGCACAUCUGAUGAAAACGACAGUUUGAAGAGACAGGUGUCACGGAGGCACUAAUUGCCUACUUCACAAGCCCUUCUGCUCCAGUGUUGACCCCAGCUCAUCAGUGUAUGAGUAAUACGUAUGCUUAAUUAAUUAAUAUGACAGGGCCAUGUGUGUGAGUGGGCCAUAAUCAACCAUUAAUUUCAAUUUCAGUAAAAGAUGGUUGAAAGGUUAGAAAGAAAUUGUAUGAAAUGUUUACCACUGCUUGAAUACAGCCCCGCAGCUGAUCGGGUUUUUUGCCUGUUGUACAUUUGGAAGCCAGGGGGCAAGACAGAUACGUUUCAAACGUCAAAUCUAGGCGAUAGACUAGUAAACUUCGGGUUGUUCCUGACUAUGACAGUGAGCAGCACAUCAUGAGAAAGAAGAAAGCUUUCUUGCUUGCGUCGAUUAAAAGCCUACAUGAGAAACUGAUAAAUACAGGUUUAUUUAAGAUAAAUGGUUUAUAUAUAAUAUAUAUAUAUAGAUAUAAACACACACAGAGCGUGUCACCCCCCCCCCCCAACCCCCAAAGUCUCAAAUAUCGCCAGUGAAUACGACAAUGCAACUUGGAUUCUUGUAGUCAAGUUGUCUGCCUUAAAAAGGCACUCAUCUCCACACUGUUGAAUUGUGAUCUUUGUGUUUUCAGCUCACAGUGCCUUAAGUAGGGGCUGUUCAGGUUCCCUGCUAUAAAAUUCACAAUAAAGUCUGUUGACCCUUUAUGCAUGA